AUGUCGGUGUUCGUGCCACCAGGUGUCAAAUAUAGGGACAUUCUUGAGGAUAAACAUCAACUUAUUGAUGUCCAGAUGCUAGUCAACCUUUUCAAUUCAGUGGCUCCUAAACUUCAAAGCAUAUUACAAAAUUCCAAUGAAGAGUAUAUAGUGGCCUGGGGAAAGCUUAAGAACGAAAUUUCAAGCCAGGAUAGUGCUAUAGAGUCUGAAUCAUUGAUACUGGGGAUCGAUAUGGUCUACAACAACAGAUACCAAGGGUUUCUCAAAAACAUUGAUAGCUUCAAAGACGUUUCCGAAAAGCUGGCGAAAAGGAUUGAUUCACACAUUCAAACAAACGAAAAAGAGCUCUUGCAAUUGAUUAUGCAGUCGAAGUCUUUGGUACCUUCAAUACUAGACCUCUUUAAAGAUGUCGAUAAACUUGAAGAAGAUAUUAUUCACAUGUUUGAUGAACUAUCUGACUUCUUGAAUGAAAUAUCUUCUCACUACAAGGCAUUAUCAAACUUCAGAGCUAAAUGCACGAACUAG